AUGAUCAUAAUAAGUAUUACAUGCUUUGCUCGUCUGGAGGAUAAAGAUAAGCGACAUAGUACAAAACGAGGGGAGCGGCCACAUGGAGGCGAAAUUCCACGAAGAGAAACUGGAGUAGGACUAGAUCAGAUACAUGAUGACGAGGACGACUUUCCUUAUUGGAUAUUCCUCAUGCUCCUUCCAUUGAUUGUGACUCUUAUUGUAGCCAUUGGAUGUUUUGCCUUCUAUAAACGAGCUUAUGUAAGUUGGUGUGAAAAUGUGCAUACUUAUUAAAU